AUGACGAAAGAUGGUGAUGCUCGUGAAUUAGGCCAUACGGUCUCACAAGAUGGUCAUGAAGUGCAUAGCGAAACCAUAGCUUCUUCGGAGGUUCAAACCGUGGAUUUUGGUCAGACCGAAAAGGGAUCGCCCUCAUGUUUCGCUGCUGAGCCACAGGAAAUCGACUCCGACAAGCAGGCCAAGAGAGGUGCGUCGGACCAUGGAGCUGAAGGAGAUGAUCUCGAUCGCCAUGCGUCGACAAUCGCUCCAUCUCACCGGUCUGUUCAGCGAGACCCGUUGAGCCGAGUCACCACCGAUGCAGAAGGCAACACCUACCCGGAAGGUGGUCUGCAAGCAUGGUCGGUGGUGAUUGGCAGCUUCUUUGGGCUCUUUGGCUCACUGGGCCUGGUCAACACCAUCGGUACUUUCCAGGCAUACAUCCAGACUCAUCAGUUGCAAGAUUACAGUUCAGGAAGUGUCGGAUGGAUUUUUGGAGUGUAUGCAUUCCUGGUCUUUGCCUGCGGAGUGCAAGUUGGACCGAUCUUUGACGCCCAGGGCCCACGGGUGCUUGUCUUUCUCGGUUCGGUAUUAGAGAUGGCCAUGAUCAUUCUUCUAGGGUUCUGCACCAAGUACUGGCAAUUUAUGUUGGUGAUUGGAGUGCUGGGCGGCGUCGGGGCCUCGCUCAUCUUCACUCCUGCCAUCUCUGCGAUAGGUCAUUACUUCUACGUCCGACGGGGGCUGGCGACUGGAAUCGCUGCCACGGGUGGGUCCGUGGGAGGCAUCGUAUUCCCACUGGUGUUACAAGCCCUGUUCCCCAAGAUCGGAUGGGGAUGGGCCACUCGAGUAGUGGCUCUGAUCUGUUUGAUCGCGUUCGGACUGGCCAACCUGUUGAUUCGCUCACGACUGCCAAAGAAGCCCUUCUCAAAGGAGAACAUCAUGCCCGAUUUCCUCAUCUUCCGCGACGUGCGAUUCGCCUUGACCACUGCUAGCGUAUUCUUUAUCGAAUGGGGCAUGUUCAUCCCCAUCUCCUACAUCACCUCCUACGCUCUGGACCAUGGCUUUUCCACCGAUUUUUCAUAUCAGAUUCUGGCCAUUCUGAAUGUCGGGUCGUUUUUCGGCCGUUGGUUACCUGGAUUCUUCGCCGAUUUCCUGGGUCGCUUCAACGCUUUGAUUGUCACAGUGGCACUGUGCCUGUUGACGAAUGCGUGCCUUUGGCUCCCAGCCGGAGAUAGCCUGGCGCUGAUCGUCAUUUAUGCGCUGUUAUUUGGAUUCUCGAGCGGGAGCAACAUCAGUCUGACCCCGGUUUGUGUGGGGCAGUUGUGCAAGACCGAGCACUAUGGACGCUAUUACGCUACAGCAUAUACCAUUGUCAGCUUUGGGACCCUGACCGGUAUUCCCAUCGCUGGAGAGAUUCAAUCCCGCACCAACGGGGCAUAUUGGGGUCUGAUCGCCUUCACCACCACCUGUUAUGCGAUGGGGUUGAUAUGCUGUACUGCGGUCAAGGUGAUUGAAGUUGGCUGGCGUCGUCCAUGGGCAGUCUACUGA